AGGAGGAUUCAACGCACAACAACAGGCGUGACUCGAUGCUGCACUUUCAUUGGGCAAUUUCACUCGACUCUUAACAUCUGACAUACAAACGAAGCAAAAGCAACAUACUUAACUCAAGACGGGAAAUAAACUGUUUACGAUAACCUACAGAGAAGAGGAGUAACCCGUAGGCGUCUUAAACUUGGCAGGCUUUAUGUAUAGCUUUGUUGUUGUUGCUGUAGCAUUAUUUACACGCUCUAAAGGAUUUGUUUGACUUCCUUAAUAAUAAUUCUGGUAUACACUGUCUGCGCUGACUGAGGCUAAAAUUAAUCCCCAACCAGUCUUGUUUUCAGCUGACUGACAUGGCGUGUAACAUCGUUUCCAAACUGCUUCGUCCUUCUGCGUUCACACAACUUGCGUCUCUCCGCUCAGGCCGCCUGUUUCGAGGAAAGGCGGCUGUGCUGACGGUGACCAGACAGUCUUCCAGCGAGCCUCCUCCGGAGAAAAUCAGUCGCUAUCCGAUUCCCUACAAGAAAGACUUGCCUUAUGAUAUAGUAGAGCUUAUGGAGGAAGUGGAGUCAAAGGGAGGCUUUUUGCCCAAUGUCUUCAAAGUCCUCUCUCACAGACCAGCAGAGUUCAGAGCCUUCUUCGCGUACUACAAUGAACUCAUGAACAAGGAGACAGGCAGGUUAACAAAGGCAGACCGGGAGCUGAUCGUAGUGGCAACCAGUAUCCACAACAAGUGUCUUUACUGUGUGGUCUCACACAGCGCGCUGCAUCGCAUCUACUCGAAGAAACCCAGUCUUUCUGAUCAGGUUGUUGUGAACUACAAGAAUGCUGAGCUCACACCUCGGGAACACGCCAUGCUGGACUUUGCGAUGGCUGUGUGUCGCUGUGACACCAUCACAGAGCAGCAUUUUCAGCAUCUGGAGGAAGCUGGCUUUGAUCGCGAGGACGCCUGGGACAUUGCAGCCAUCGCUGCUUUUUUUGCCAUGUCCAACAGACUUGCCCACCUCACAGACAUGAGGCCAAACCUUGAAUUUUUCAACAUGGGCCGCGUACCACGGGACAAGAGCAAAGACAAGGCAGGAAAUGACAAAUGAAAAGCAAAAACAUGUUACAGACAAGAUUGUCUGAUGGCAAGAUGCAUUUAUGACUGAAUAUGUUCUUCUGCAGCCAAAAUAUUCUCUGUUCUGUUUUUUUUUUUCUUUGUUUCCAGCCUUUUUUCAUGUAUGGUGACACGCAGCAUUAGAUCUACAGCUGUGCAGCCAAAAAGUGGUAGAAACUGAGCAUUAAUACUAAAAUUUGUCAGAAUUACCUGAGAUCACAUUUUUAGAUUCCACAUGAAUUUAACAGAUCCAGUUUUGGCAUGUAGAACUAAAACAAACAUGACUGAUGUUGAAGUCUCUCUCAGGCAGACAGAAUUGACAAUCCUUGUGUACAAAUGUACAGUACAUGUGACUUUAGCCUUUAAAAACUGUGAAGAAACAUGAAGGAGAUAAUAAGGUAGUAUGAGAUGUUUAUUUUUGUGUGUGUUUGUUAUUGGGUCCUGUUUGGAUUUAUUGGCAACAGAAUUCAAGUCCUUUCCCACUGUGUUAUACUAUUAUUAAUAUGUACAUUUAUCUUCAUAUUAAGAAUUCCCACUGGUUUAUUUGACUCGUGUCUUAUGGUGGAGAGAUUCAGACUAAUUAACAAUAAUUCAGUUCUAUAGAUGUCAGUAAAUUGACCUGGUUUGUGUUCAGUACCUCUAAUGAAACAAUCUUCCAACACUGAAUUUUAUGGUAAGUGUUCAGUUUAGUAUUCACUGGUUGAAAGUGCACUUUGUUAUUAUUUUAAGUUUGAAUGGUAAACAGCUUUCCCAAGCCUUUCACAUAUCUUCUUAAUAAACUGUGGAAAAAAUC